CACGCGUCGUCGUAACAAAAGAAAGCCACCACCGGUCCCAGGUUUUGGGAAAAUUCUCCAAAUUCUAGGGUUUCCCUUUCGGAAUGCGGCUCGUCCUCGCCCACCCCCCACUAAAAUCUUAGAUUUCGCCUCGAAUUGGUUUCCUGAGAUGCCUCUAUCGGCUUUGGGUUCGGAAUUAUAGGGACAGCUUUCGAUUUCCGAAGAAUCCCACCACCAUGCGUUCGCUUUUGUCGAGCUCCUCUUCUUCCUUGAGGGAUCAGGCCAAUGGCGGAAGCAGCAGCAGCAAUCGGACCCAUAUCUACCUUAAUGUCUACGAUCUCACCCCAAUCAACAACUAUCUCUACUGGUUCGGCCUUGGAAUCUUCCAUUCUGGCAUUGAAGUACAUGGCAUGGAGUAUGGAUUUGGAGCUCAUGAAUACCCGACCAGUGGAGUGUUCGAGGUAGAACCGAAAAGCUGCCCUGGUUUUAUCUUCAGGCGUUCUGUGUUUCUGGGCACCACAGACAUGUCCCAUUCAGAGUUUCGUUUGUUCAUUGAACACCUUGCUGGAAGAUAUCAUGGUGACUCCUACCACUUGAUCGCCAAAAAUUGCAAUCAUUUUACAGACGAUGUGUGUAUCCGUUUGACUGGAAAGCGAAUUCCAGGAUGGGUGAACCGUCUUGCAAGAUUAGGAUCUUUUUGCAACUGUCUUCUACCGGAAACUAUUCAGAUCACAGCAGUCAGACAUUUACCAGAGCAUCUCGAAUUGUCAGAUGGGUCCGAGUCAGUGGCAUCGUCAACUGUUGGUGAGAGCGAUGAGGAACCAGAUCAUCAGCUACUGAUGGUGCCAAACCGUGAUUCAGCUUUUUCUAAAGACAAGCCAGUGAGGCUUGCUAUGGAUGUGAUGUAGCAUGCUCUGCUUCCCCUCUCUUGGGUGUCCAUCUUUGGUGCCUAUCUCUGCAUUGUUCUUGUAGGUGUGCAUUAAUUUCAGUUCUAUAAUUCUAGCAGCUCCUCCACAGCCUCUCUUUUGCAACCAAUGUUGCCCAAAGCCUUCUUGUCAGUAACCUUCAAGUCGACCGGCAACCUUUCUGGACUCGUUUGUAAUAUUAUCUGUUAUUUUCACGUUUGACGAAUCAGUGAAUCCUUAGAUCUUUUUGAUCGGGAAUGGAAAUUAGGUGGUCUUGUUGGCCCCCUGGAGUUCAUUCUUAUA